AUUGCACACGUGAUAAUAACAAUUUCUUCUUCUCAAUCAUGGUACGAAAGUUAAAAUAUCAUGAACAGAAAUUGCUAAAGAAAGUUGAUUUCAUAUCAUGGGAAGCAGAUAAUAAUUUGCACGAAGUAAAAAUUUUAAAACGUUAUCGAAUACAAAAGCGAGAAGAUUAUACAAAAUAUAAUAAAUUAGCGCAAGAAAUUCGUGAACUAGGCAAGAAAAUUAAAGAAAUUGAUUCAGAUCAUCCAUUUCGAAUAGAACAAAGUGCAUUAUUAUUAGAGAAAUUAUAUAUGUUAGGACUUAUAGGAACAAAAUGGGAUUUAUUGUUAACACAAAGAGUAAAUGCAAGUUCAUUUUGUAGAAGACGAUUACCAGUUAUUAUGGUACGAAAUAAAAUGAGCCAAAAUUUAAAAAUGGCAACACAAUUAAUAGAACAGGGCCAUGUUAGAGUUGGUACAGAAGUCGUAAAAGAUCCAGCAUUUUUGGUAACAAGAAAUUUGGAGGAUUUUGUCACUUGGGUAGAUACAUCUGCUAUUAAAAAACAUGUAUUGGAAUAUAAUGAUGCUAGAGACGAUUUUGAUUUGACAUAA